AUGAGUAACUCUAGUCCUAAUGUUGAGUCACUUUACAAUAAGUCAUUAAAUCAGUUUUGUGAUUCCAUGAACGAAGAAAUCCUGCAAAAUGUGUUAAAGUGGUUACCACCAUCAAUCAGUUUACAAAUGAUAUGGAAGAUCUUACGUGUAAACGACGGUUGCGAAAAGUUUGUGUAUAAUCAUAUGCUCAAAGAUAGUGAGAUUUCUUCAAUUAAUCGAGGACGUGAAAUUGCUCAAAUGUCAUUACAAAAUUCAGGCUAUGUAGCGCCUGUCUCUUAUAGACAGAUGAGUUCUGAAACUCAUGAAGGAUUUGCCACCAUACAACAAACUAAAUUUGUUGAUUGUUUCAAUUUUUCUAAUUAUUUCAACUUAACUUUGUUUUCAAAGUUGGUAGAUGUCACCAAUUAUCGAAGUCAGCUGUUCACUAUUUUCCAGAUUUGUGUACAAAUUAAAGGAUUUAAAUUUCCCCAACAUUUGGCUGAUGAAUGGAUACAAAUAGAAAUAGAAGAUGACAAUGACAAUAUAAAUGUUCAUCACAUUGAGCAAGGUCUCAAAUUAGGAUUUUUUCUUGGCGAUGCCGGUUGGUUCAAUGAAUGUGCUCUAGUCUUAUCGCAUACAUACAAAAUAAUAACUACAAAAUGGGUGUGUCUUGAUCGAAAUUUAGAACUGGUCAAAAUUAUUCAAUGUCUAACCAAGUGGUUAUUAGUAGUGUCAAACUACCAUAAUUUUGAUGAAGCUAAAAUAGUAUUACAACAUAUGCUACAGACCAUCGAUAUCAUUGAAAAAAUAGAAGGAAGAACAUUGUGUAUAGCGUAUGCGUAUGUGGCCGUUUCUCAAUACUACUAUGUAUUAAUGGAAUUUAAUGAGGCUUGGUCAUGGGCAGUUAAAGCUGUCUAUGAACUUCGGGAUAAGAGUGCUGAUAUCUUGAAACUGCUGGUUAUAAGUCAUGCCAUUAGAGUUUGUUCUGUUUUGAAUAAAUUGAGUACAGCAAAAAAAUUGAUAAAUCAAUUGCACACUUACGAAAAAGAAAUUGAUCAGAACAUUUAUGUUGAUAUGUUAUUGAAUGAAGCAUGCUACUCAUUAAAAGCUGAUUUAGCAAAAGAUAGUAUUAAUAGUUACUAUAUUGCAUUGGACUCUAGAAGAAAUUUAUUUGGGUAUUACAAUUUACAUACUGCAAUCGUUUUUGUUGAUUAUGCAUAUGCUCGAUAUGUUUGCGAUUAUUCAACAACUGAUUUUAAUGAAGCUAUGCGAAGUAUACUACAAGGCAUAUUUAUUAUGGAAAAAAUUGGUUUACCAAAUGAUAAUAUGUUAUUAGUAAAUGCUGGACGGAUAAAAGCAUUGAUACUAGAAGAAAAAGCAUUGGACAUAAUGGAUAGAGGUAUCGAUAUUUACAUUCAUGAAGGUAUACGAGAUUUACAGGCUGAUGGAAUAAAGCGUUUGUUGGAAAGAAUGAAGAAGAACAUGUUAAAUGAAGCUGAAGCUCUCCAUUUAAAAGCGUUAAAAGUUUCUUUACAAGCAGUUGGAGUGAAAGCCCUGCUUACAGCAAAAUCGUACUGCAAUCUAGGAAGACUUUAUCAAAGCCAGGAAAAAUAUACGCAAUCUGAACAAAUGCAUUUAAAAGCUAUUGAAAUAAAAGAAUCAAUUUUAGGUAAAGACAACCCUGAAGUGGCUCUAUCUUUAGGUCACUUGGCUAGUUUGUACACAUAUCAGUUAAAAAAAUAUCGAGAUGCCGAAGAACUUUAUUUGCGUUCAAAAACUAUAUAUGAAACUACCUAUGGUCGCCAGUACACGGGAUUACUGUAUGAUUUCCAAGGAUUAGUAGAAGUUUAUCGUGAACUAAAUAAUACUGAAAAGUUAAAUCAAUACAAUGAAAAUAUAUUUAGGUUUCAUGAAACACGUGAAGCUUGGUUACAUCAGGUGCACACUGCAGUUGAUGAAAACUGUACUAAAGACGAUUUAAGUUUAGAAAAAUUUAAAUGCAUACUUAAUGAGUGCGCUUGUGACAAGUAA